CAUGGAUACAAAGCUUUUGAUUAAUGUCCAAGUCUCUGCUGCUGCGGAGGCUUUCCAACCUCUCAGCUAGCAGGGCGAGCUGGGAACCAGUGACCGCUCGCUUCCUCCAGGCUGUGUCCCCUUCCUGACGGGAAAGGAGCGCUCUCUGGGGCGGCUCGUCGCCUGCGGACCUCGGGCGGCGCGGAGCGGGGUGAGGGGGCUGGGGAGCGGCCGGAGCCCGGCCCCGCCGUGUAACUUGGCGGGGUCUUUGUUGUCCUUGUCCGCAGCGCAGCGCCGGGGGAAGGCGCCGGGCUGGGAGCACCGAGCCUCCUCGCUGCACCAUGACAGAAGAAAGCAAGGGGGAAGGCAAGGGGGAGAGCGGGAAGGACUUGGAGAAGCAGCUUCGCUUACGCGUGUGCGUCCUGAACGAGCUGCUCAAGACGGAGCGGGACUACGUGGGCACGCUGGAGUUCCUGGUGUCGGCUUUUCUUCACCGAAUGAUCCAAUGUGCUGCAGCCAAAGUGGAUAAAAAUGUCACAGAAGAAACAGUUAAGAUGUUGUUUUCAAAUAUUGAAGAUAUUCUUGCAGUUCACAAAAACUUCCUGUCCCUUGUGGAGGAUUGUUUACAGCCAGAACCUAAUGCACAGCAUGAAGUUGGAACCUGCUUUCUGAAUUAUAAAGAGAAAUUCCGUAUCUAUGAUGAGUACUGCAGUAACCACGAGAAGGCACAGAAAGUUCUUCUUGACCUGAACAAAAUAAGAACAGUGCGGACAUUUCUUUUGAACUGCAUGCUCCUUGGAGGACGCAAGAAUACAGAUGUGCCCCUGGAGGGAUAUCUAGUGACACCAAUACAGAGAAUAUGCAAGUAUCCCCUUCUUUUGAAGGAAUUACUGAAGCGGACUCCAAGGAAGCACAGUGACUAUGCAGCCCUAAUGGAAGCUCUCCAGGCCAUGAAAGCUGUCUGUUCCAACAUAAAUGAGGCCAAGAGACAAAUGGAAAAAUUAGAAUUUUUGGAGGAGUGGCAGUCUCAUGUUGAAGGAUGGGAGGGGUCCAACAUCACAGACACGUGUACAGAAAUGCUGCGAAGUGGACUACUACUGAAAAUUUCAGCAGGAAAUAUCCAAGAGAGGAUAUUUUUUCUUUUUGAUAAUCUUCUGGUCUACUGCAAAAAAAAGCACAGGAGAUUGAAGAACAGCAAAGCAUCUACAGAUGGCCACCGUUACCUUUUCCGGGGCAGAAUAAACACAGAAGUGAUGGAAGUGGAGAACGUAGAUGAUGGAACAGCUGACUACCACAGCAGUGGCCACACUGUUAUUAAUGGCUGGAAGAUCCACAACACGGCAAAGAAUAAAUGGUUUGUAUGCAUGGCAAAAACCCCUGAAGAGAAGCAAGAAUGGCUGGAAGCUAUUUUGAAAGAGCGAGAGAGAAGAAAAGGUUUAAAAUUGGGCAUGGAACAGGACACUUGGGUGAUGAUCUCUGAGCAAGGAGAAAGAUUGUACAAAAUGAUGUGCAAACAAGGGAAUCUCAUCAAAGACAGGAAGAGGAAAUUAACCACUUUCCCCAAAUGCUUUCUUGGAAGUGAAUUUGUGUCCUGGCUGUUGGAAAUUGGAGAGAUACACAAGUCUGAAGAAGGUGUUCAUCUUGGCCAAGCUUUACUAGAGAACGGAAUUAUUCACCAUGUUACAGAUAAGCACCAGUUCAAACCUGAACACAUGCUGUACAGAUUCCGAUAUGAUGAUGGAACAUACUAUCCCAGAAAUGAGAUGCAGGAUGUGAUCUCCAAGGGUGUACGACUGUACUGUCGCCUUCACAGUCUCUUUACCCCAGUAAUUAGGGAUAAAGACUAUCACUUGAGAACCUACAAAUCUGUGGUUAUGGCUAACAAAUUCAUAGAUUGGUUGAUUGCCCAGGGGGAUUGCCGGACAAGGGAGGAAGCUAUGAUAUUUGGUGUAGCUCUUUGUGAUAAUGGGUUUAUGCACCACGUGUUAGAGAAAAGUGAAUUUAAAGAUGAACCACUGCUGUUCCGGUUUUAUGCGGAUGAAGAAAUGGAAGGAUCAAAUAUGAAGCACAGACUCAUGAAACAUGAUCUGAAAGUAGUGGAAAAUGUCAUAGCCAAGUCAUUACUGAUUAAAUCUAAUGAAGGAACCUAUGGUUUUGGUUUAGAAGAUAAAAAUAAGGUGCCAAUUAUUAAAGUGGUGGAGAAAGGAUCCAGUGCUGAGAUGGCAGGCUUGGAAGUUGGGAAGAAAAUCUUUGCCAUUAACGGUGACCUGGUUUUUCUGCGACCCUUCAGUGAAGUGGAUUGCUUCCUGAAAGCCUGUUUAAACAGCAGAAAGCCCCUGCGGGUUCUUGUGAGCACCAAACCUCGAGAGACAGUGAAGAUUCCUGACUCUGCAGAUGGACUUGGAUUCCAAAUCCGGGGUUUUGGCCCAUCUGUUGUCCAUGCUGUUGGGAGAGGAACAGUGGCAGCUGCAGCAGGUCUCCACCCUGGCCAGUGCAUAAUCAAAGUGAAUGGAAUUAAUGUCAGCAAAGAGACUCAUGCAAGUGUUAUUGCUCAUGUCACAGCCUGCAGGAAGUACAGGCGGCCAAUGCAGCAAGAUUCUAUACAGUGGGUUUACAACAGCAUUGAAAGUGCGCAGGAAGAUCUUCAGAAAGCAAACACCAAACCCUCUGGAGAUGAUGGAGGUGAUGCCUUUGACUGUAAAGUGGAAGAGGUAAUUGACAAAUUUAACACUAUGGCAAUAAUUGAUGGGAAGAAAGAUCAUGUGAGUCUGACUGUUGACAAUGUUCAUCUGGAGUAUGGAGUGGUUUAUGAGUAUGACAGCACAGCUGGAAUAAAGUGCCAUGUCUUAGAAAAAAUGAUUGAACCAAAGGGAUUUUUCAGUUUGACUGCAAAGAUUCUUGAAGCACUGGCAAAAAGCGAUGAACAUUUUGUGCAGAAUUGCAACAGCCUCAAUUCCUUAAAUGACGUGAUCCCCACUGAACUUCAAAGUAAAUUCAGUGUCAUUUGCAGUGAGAAAAUUGAGCAUAUCUACAGAAGAAUCUCUAGCUAUAAAAAGUUUUCAAGAGUAUUAAAAAACAGAGCUUGGCCUACCUUCAAACAAGCUAAGUCAAAGAUUUCACCACUUCACAGCAGUGAUUUCUGUCCAACCAAUUGCCAUAUCAAUGUGAUGGAAGUGUCUUACCCUAAGACCUCAACUUCCCUUGGUAGUGCCUUUGGUGUACAGUUAGACAGCAGAAAACAUUCUUCCCAUGAGAAGGAGAAUAAGAACACUGAUCAAGGUAAACUGAAUCCCAUGAUUUAUGUGCAACAUACCAUUACUACUAUGGCUGCCCCUUCAGGACAGUCUCUUGGCCAGCAAGAGGGCCAUGGUCUGAGGUACCUCUUAAAAGAAGAAGACUUAGAAACGCAAGAUGUCUAUCAAAAAUUGCUGUUCAAAUUACAAGCUGCACUGAAAGAGGUGGAAACCUGUGUCUGCCAAAUAGAUGACCUUCUUUCUUCAAUAACAUAUUCUCCCAAAUCAGAACGUAAAACACCUGAACCUUUAAUACCAGCAGACAGUGAUAAUGAAAAGGGUGAAAGGAAUGGGAAGAAAGUCUGUUUCAGUGUAACAGGUGAUGAACAAGAGGAUUCUGGUCAUGAUACCAUCAGUAACAGGGAUUCUUACAGCGACUGCAACAGCAAUAGGAACUCCAUUGCCUCUUUCACCAGCAUUUGUAGCAGUCAGUGCAGUUCUUAUUUUCACAGUGAUGAAAUGGAUUCAGGUGAUGAGCUUCCCAUAAGUGUUCGAAUCUCCCAUGAUAAACAGGACAAGCUCCAUAGCUGCUUGGAGCAUCUCUUUGGUCAAGUCGAUUCAAUCGUCAAUCUUUUGAAAGGACCAGCUGUGAUGAGGGUCUUUGAGCAGACAAAGUACUUUACACCAGGUCGAGGCCUACAAGAGUUUCAGCAAGAAAUGGAACCAAAGCUCAGCUGUCCAAAGAGGCUACGACUCCACAUCAAGCAAGACCCUUGGAACCUCCCCAGCAGCGUCCGGGGCCUUGCCCAGAAUAUCAGAAAAUUUGUUGAAGAGGUGAAAGCACGAAUACUCUUGGCACUUCUGGAAUAUACAGAUAGCGAGAUACAGCUGAGGCGAGACAUGGUCUUCUGUCAGAGCCUGGUGGCCACAGUCUGUGCCUUUUCAGAGCAGCUGAUGGUGGCCUUAAAUCAGAUGUUUGACAACAACAAAGAGUAUGAAAUGGAAACCCUGGAGGCCAGCAGAAGGUGGUUGGAACAGAUAGCCAGUGCAGGUCUUCUCCUUCAUUUCCAGUCCCUGCUCUCUCCAAACCUGGCUGAUGAACAAGCUAUGCUAGAAGACACAUUGGUUGCAUUGUUUGACUUGGAAAAAGUUACUUUCUACUUCAGACAAUCAGAGCCAGAACCACUAGUUGCAAAUGUCCCAAUCACAUACCAAGCAGAAGGAAGCCGGCAAACACUGAAGGUUUACUUCUACCUUGAUGGUUACCACUUUGAACAGCUUCCACAAAGGCUGAAGAAUGGAGGAGGAUUUAAAAUCCACCCAGUGCUUUUUUCACAAGCAUUGGAGAGCAUGGAAGGAUACUAUUACAGAGACAGUGUCUCAGUGGAAGAAUUUCAAGCUCAGAUUAAUGCUGCCUCACUAGAAAAAGUCAAGCAGUACAACCAGAAGCUACGGGCGUUCUACCUGGACAAGUCAAACUUGCCUCCAAAUUCAACAUCUAAAGCAGCUUAUAUAGAUAAGCUGAUGAGGCCUCUCAACUGCCUGGAGGAGCUGUACCGGCUCAUAGGGUCGUUCAUCCGCUCCAAGCGCACGGCCGCCUGCGCGUACACCGCGUGCAGCGCCUCUGGCGUCGGACUGCUCUCGGUGUCGUCUGAGCUCUGCAGCAGGCUGGGAGCUUGUCACAUCAUUAUGUGCAACAGCGGAGUUCACCGCUGCACUCUGAGCGUCACCCUGGAGCAGGCCAUCACGCUGGCCCGGAGCCACGGGCUGCCCCCUCGCUACAUCAUGCAGGCCACGGACGUCAUGCGCAAACAGGGUGCAAGAGUACAAAACACAGCCAAGAAUUUAGGAGUGAGGGAUCGAACGCCACAGUCUGUGCCAAGAUUAUACAAACUGUGCCAGCCACCACCACCUGUUGGAGAAGAAUGAGAAGAUCUGCUCUAGAAAACAACCCAGUAAUGGCCUUGAGGAUACUGGGAUUAUAUGACAAAAAUCCAACUGCACUAUAGCAGUAUGUCCCUGCAGCUUUGAUAAAUAAGAUAAAAAAAAAAUCUUUUACUCAGGACAAAGGAAAAAUUACCCUAAAUAUUACCUACUGGCAUUGAAAGAUGUCUUCCCAAAAGCAUUUCUGAAAUCUGUGCACUCCAGCCUUACACUCAUAGGACAGUACUCUUCCUUGGGAAUUUAACACUGGAAUCAGAUUAAUUUGAUGUGUAUUGUUCAGCCACAUAAUAGGUAUAGCCAGCAGCUUAAAAAAAAAAGUCUUGGUCAGAGGGGAUGCCUUCACUUGCACACUAUGCACAAUGUGAUCUUGUGGAAGCCUAGAUAAACUAGGCUUGAUAAUGAGCAUGCACUUCAUAUGGGGCCCUUUGCACUUGAGAAAGCUUUUUUUUCCUGUCACCAUCAUAAUUUCUUGGAAUGUUAACUUUACUGUUUCAAGAAUAUAAUGUGAGGUUUAAAGAUGGAACGCUUAUUUCAGAGUUGUGUUUAGUGGCUGCAGGCAGCUGCUGUGGGUGUGUGCUUGCAGUCAGUAAACUCAGCCAUGUCUGAAGCAGGGCUCGUCACACUGCUCUGGGAGGAGGACCUACAUGGCAUUAGCAGUGCCUGAUGGUGUGUGGCAUAUAAGCUAAAGUUCUGCCCUUUUGCAGCUGCCAUUGUAAUGAAGGAGAAGGAUGAGUCUGAUCAUCAUCCAUUGUUAGGCUGAGUUUCAGACUCCAGUAGAUGUUUUACAUUAUUACAUCUCUGCACUUCAGAGUUUUCCAGAGUUGUGUAUUUUCUUCUAUAGCACUACACUAACAAAUCUACAUUAGGCAGAGAUGAGUCAGUAUAGUUAAACUGGAAAUGACUGGUUGAAGUUCAAGCAUAGUUUGGGGUUUUGAUGUCUUAUGCUACCAUUUUCCACAUUUUGUCAGAAUUGUUUUGUAUAGCAUCUCAGUUCUUUGGAGUGGUAAUUGUUAAAGAUUUAUUUUGAAAUUGUACUAACUAUUUAGAGAGCCCAGGGAGAAUUUAUCUGCAUUUGGCUGUUCUUUUGGCCAAAGAAUUUUCAUUUUCAAAUGCCCCCAGAUGAGGAUUUAUGUAUGAGCACAUUAAACAAAAACUGUAUUCUGAAAUAGUUUUACCUGUAGCAGUAGCUAUGUAUUCCAUUAGAGCAAGAUACAUACAGUGUGAAUAAAAUUUAUUUUUUGUACAACAGCGGCCUGUAGUUAUGCUGUACCCAUCAAACCUCACAACAUAAUUUUUGCAUAUGAUCUAAAUAUUUAUGAACCUAUCAAUUGACAAUGAAAUAAGUGAGAAUUCAAAAGGAAUUGUACUCUUGAAGAUAGUGGGGUUUUCUAGAGGAUAUUUAGGGAACUUGUUGCUUUUCUCCAAAGGAGGAAUUAGAGCUCCUACCUUUUUCAGUAUUCUAAAUGUUUAUAGACAGACCUUAACUUUGGUAAGAAAAUAAAUAUUUUUAUAUAUCCACAGAUAUACAUGUCUGUGCAUAUAUGUAUGUUUCAACAUGUAUGUAUUUAUGUAGUCAUAUCAAUAAAAAGAGAAUGUUUGCCUUAAACAAUGACAAAGGCAUGCAGUAAAGAACAUUCCACUAACAACUGCACCUUUGUGCUUUAAGGUUUACUCUCUUUCAUAGUUACUGGAAGCUAUUGAACCAUGAUCUUUUUGAUUAAAAUACUUAAUACAAAAAAGCAAAAUCAAAAUUUAAAAAAAAAUUACUUUUAAAGGCUUUUGUCUAGCAUGACCUAAUGCUUACACAUAAGAAAGAGUUAUGUUUUCUAUAAUUGCUGUUCCAGUCAGGAUCUCAUACUUUCAGAUGUGUUUCAUUCAGAGUAUUGGCUAUGGUAAUUCCUGCUCCAGGCAAAAGCACCAGUUUCUGCUUGUUCAGACAUCAGAAUUACAGAGAAGCCAUAAGCACCUCAAGCCAAGGGCGUGCUGCUGUCAGCCUGGCUCUGAGCUCACAUCUUCCUGUGAGGUUUCCCCACAUGAGGUUUGAUUUACUAUGAGGGAAAUCAGCUGUUGGCUGCAUGGAGCUGCUGAGCCUAUAUACAAUAAAAUAACCUAGAGGACAAAAUCUGUUGCAUGUACAUGCAUUAUUGUAAGCAGUAAUUGCCUUUUUUUUUGUAUAUGGUAGGUGUGUAAAUGCUCUUAAAUAGUCUCCUUAUAUAAUAUGAUAAUUCCAUGUUUCAUUUUGUUGUUGAAAUCGUGGGAUAAUAGACAUUUGUAAGGGACAAAUAAUUAUAAGCCAGUCAAUGGACAAAAUUUUUUAGCUGUUGUUUCAUGAGUGUGCAUCAGAAAUCUUGACCUCUUAUUUUGGUCAUUUUAUAUCUAGCUUUUUGUCCUUUGUUCUUUUUUUCCUCAUCUAGAGUCAGUUUCCAAAAACCUAUUAAGCAUUAUGAGCUUUAUUAGUGACCCAUACUGCAAAGUAAAGUGUCUAUUUAGCCUGGUAUCAAAGAAGCUGAGAAACUUAAGCCCUGUUUUUUUGGGAUAACAGAUAACACAUAAAAAUGUGAUUCCACAGUAACACACAGAAUCAAUUAGGUUGGAAAAGAUCUCUGGGAUCCUUGACUCUAACUUAUAGAUAGAGUCCAGCCUAUUUUCAGAGGAAAUGGGGCAUAAAUGGCCCCCUUACUGUGUAUUAAAAAGUAGGGACCUAUUUCUCAAAAUGUUCUUCAAUGGCCUGUAUGAAACAUUGUGUAGUAUUCAGAUUGCUUUUCUUGCCCCUCUGCUUUCAGAGAACACUGCACAUUCUAACACCAUUCUAUUGACUUCUAAUAACAUUAAAUGGACUUUAUUAUUCAUUCUUAAAAUAUAAAUUUACGUAUGUUUAUUAUUAAACCUGUUUGUCUUGUUUGGUAUAUGUAUAGGACAUAUUUAUUCCUUAUACAAGAUGCACUUGCAGAGUAAAAAAAAUCCAUUCCCAUCACAGUAUGUUUAUCCUCUUAUAAAUUUUUAAACUCAGAGGUGACAAGAAGAGAUGACCAAGAGUGAUGAUUUACAAGAAUUGUAUCACCUAUAGCUUCUUAAAUCUUUGCUUUGACAGAAACGGGUUAUGUAGCCUUUUUGUACAACAAUGUGUUGUACUGGUUUAGGGAAAGCAUUCUGUAUGUAAUUUUUACUUUUUCCCCCAAGGAAAGUAUAAUUCUUUUGGGAAUAAAUUCAAGGAUCUAAUGGUAAUGUAUGACCAAAUACUACCAUGAUUCAAUGCUAGCCUGGGAAGGGAAGGUUACAGGCCCAGGAACAGCUGAGUUGCCAUAGCAUCCAUGCUUAGAGAAAACCUAGAUUUUAAGUAGAGCUGAGGAUGUUUGGCCUAUCUUUGUAACCAUCAUCUAUGAAUAAUAGGAUGUUAAACAGUCUUUAGUCUAUGAAAUGGACAUUGAUCCACUCUAGUUCCCCAAAUUAGUUAUUUUUAAUAGUUAUUUUCCUUGUAGAUUGUAAAUGUAAAUAAAUAUAAAAAUGUAUAUAGUCCAGUUUUUCAAUGUCAAACUUUGUGUUUAGAGAUUCAUUCUAAAGUAAAUAUUCCUGCUGUCAGGUGAAGCAAUCAACCAGUUGCAUGUCUACUGAGACAGUUGGAAUCCUUAGUAGCUUUUUGGGUAGAGUUCACUGGGUUUUAGCAAAUGCAUCAGGUUUUUGGAUUGGUUUGUAUUUGUUUAUUUUAAUGCACUCAGUAGUGGUCAGAACUCCUCCUGGUUUAGAGCCAAGACAAUUAAACUUCAGUCAACAAGGAUUUAUAGUAGUUAUACCUAAUUUCAUUUAUUAGACUCUUUUAAUGGAAAAAAUUAACCACUUCUAUUGAUCUGUUUUUAGCCAGAGCAAUUCACAAGCAAACAUGUUUUAUUAAUUGAUUGUCAGAUGUAGUGUGUGUGUGUGUAUAUAUAUAUAUAUAUAUAUACAUAUUUAAGACAAUUGCCUGAAUGUGAGUAUACACAUCAUGGUUAAGCAUGAUGCUCAAAAAAGGAAAGUGUCUUUCAUUUCAUUUAAAUGAGAAAAUCAGUAACUGUAGUAUAUAUCUACAUAUUGUUCCAUACUCUUUACAGGUCCUUCAUGGAUAUGUCUUCCAGCAUUUUACGCAUAUUUUGCGCCAUUUGUCUUUACCAGUAUGAAAAGAUAAUGCAUUGCCUUAUGUAUUUUAUCUCUGUACUUGAUAAAUGCAGGUAGUGUUUUUCUAAUUGUACUCCAACAGUACUUUGGCACUGGUAAAUUAGAUGUGCAGUACAUACCUGACUCAGGAUAUCUGGAUAUUUCAUCAUUAGGUUUUGAAGUAUAAAAAGAUAUUGAACUCAUAUUUUUGUAUGCUGACAAUUGUGUAGGGUUUUUUAUAUACUGUAUAUAUCAACCAAGUUUUCCUAAAGAAAUUUUAUUAUUAUGAAUGUUCCCCUUUUCCUGCUAGAUGUGGGUAUAUGUUUUCUUGUUAUGUAUGUAAAAAUGAAUAUACAGCAUGCACAGUCAUGCAGAUGUUAACACCAGUGAGAAAUUUGAGAUUGUCCAGAGGCUAAUCAAGCUUUUUUAAGUGUUCUUCUCUAAAAAUAUAGAUCUCCAUACUAGAAAUCCACUUUAGAAAUAACUUCUACUUCAGUUUGAAAGUCCAGUAGAGUGCUCAAAGUAGUUGGGACAUUUCUGCAAGUUCUUAGAUUCGAACUUCCAUGGAAAUAUCCACAACAUCUUCUCUGUGUGUAUGUGUGUCCUCUCUGCAGUACUGUACACCAGAUUAAAAAAACUAAGCAGCCUUAUUAACUUCUUUACACUGUGUAUAUAGUGUAUGUAUUUGGUUAUACUUGUGUCACACUUUAAAAAGUAACCUAAUUUCUGCGUUGUGUAUUGCACACAUUUUUCAAAUUAAGAAUAUAUUUUGUAACAUCUCAUUAAGUACAAGGGACUAUUUGAAAUAUGAGAAAGAGUGCUUUGAAAUAUUAUGUGUAAGUACAGCCAUACACAGAAUGUUUCAGUCAGCUUUUGUUUGAAAACAAUCAAACUAGCAGUUCUAUGGGUAGUUGAGUUUGUUGGCAGUAACCUUUGGAAUUAAAAUCCUUGGAAGAUGGAUUUAAAUUACUUUUUCCUUUAUUUUGUAAAGUGCCUCUGUAGCAUACUUUGAAUCAGUUACUAUAUUGAUUAUGGUUAAAACUAACACUGUACUUUUAGAUCUAUGGUUUAUUUUUUUAGUUACAUAGUAAAGACUGGAAUGGUAACAAUGUAUUAUAAAAUGUCAGCAAUAAAACCAUUCAUAAUAUGGCCA